AUGGAUUCCACCUUGCAGCCUCACUUAUCCACGUCAGGAGCUUUUUCCAUGUCAGCACAGGGUAUUAUCAAAUUGAAGUUACUAACCAAAGAACGAGGACAAGAGGUGAUUGAGUAUAUACCUGGAAUAUCAAGGACGCGAAUAGUAGAUAUUCCAACAGUGUUCCAUGGUAACGGUCGAAAAAUCUUGGACAGAGCUCUGGAAGCUGCUAAUGGAGUGUCAAAAGCGAAAUACCUUCUCUUCAAUUCUGCCUACGAGCUUGAAUCUCUGGUCAUUGACGCUUUGCGAGCCAAAAUUUCUAUCCCUGUCUAUCCCGUUGGACCAAGCAUACCUUAUUUCCUGCCCGAAAAUGAAAAUACUUCUUUAGCUGGUCAUGAUCGGCCUAAACCCAAGUAUCUUCAGUGGCUAGAUUCUCAACCCGAAAGAUCUGUCCUCUACAUCUCAAUGGGUAGUUUUCUUUCGGCCUCAAAUGCCCAAUUGGAUGAAAUUGUUGGUGGUGUACAUAACAGUGGAGUAAGGUACUUUUGGGUGGCACGUGGGGAUACCUCUCGGUUCGAAGAUGGGUUUGGUGGUGAUAUUGGGUUGGUUGUGCCUUGGUGUGACCAAUUGAAGGUAUUGUGUCAUCCUUCUGUUGGUGGAUUUUGGACACAUUGCGGGUGGAAUUCUACUUUGGAAGCUAUUUUUGCUGAGGUUCCAAUGCUGACUUGUCCAAUAUUUUUUGAUCAAAUCCCAAACAGAAAGCGAAUUGUUGAAGAUUGGAAGAUUGGAUAUGAUGUUAAGAAAGAGAAUGAUGGUUUGGUGACUAGAGAUGAGAUUUCAGAGCUUGUGCAGAGAGUCAUGGAUCUAGAAUGCAAGGAAGGGAAAAAGAUGAGGAAAAGAGCAAAAGAGCUUCAAGAAGCUUGUCAUGGAGCAAUUGCUAAAGGUGGGUCAUCAGAUGAGAACCUUGAUGCUUUCAUUACGGUAUUUUACAAGGGCAUUGCCGUUAAAAAGCUAAUCCCUUGA